GAGUAAUCUCUCUAAGACCUGUGUUCCCUCCGUCUUUCAGCGACGCGUCUUUUUUCACUAUUUUCCUAAACCUCAUUUUAACCCUUCGUAAAUUCAAAGAAUAACAUACCUCUUUUUCCACACCUCAGCAUCAGCAAUGCCGUCGAAAGCGUGCGGAUGGGGUGCGGUGUCGGCCAAGAGCCCGCUGCAGUACAUGGCCAUCAAGCGUCGCGACCCGCGGCCCAACGAUGUGAGCAUCAAGAUCGAGUACUGCGGUGUAUGCCACAGCGACCUGCACACGGUGCGCAACGAAUGGGCCGGCACGACGUUCCCGAUGAUCCCCGGACACGAGAUCGUGGGCCACGUGACGGCGGUGGGCAGCAAGGUGGCCAAGUACAAGGUGGGCGACCGCGUCGGCGUGGGCUGCAUGGUGGACUCGUGCCUGAAGUGCAAGGAGUGCUGCGAGGGCCUGGAGAACUACUGCGCGAACGGUAACACCCAAACCUACAAUUCGCAGACGGAGGACGGUAUGACGAUGGGUGGCUACACGGACCACGUCGUGGUGCGCGAGGAGUUCGUGCUGCGCAUCCCCGACAACCUGGACCUGUGCGCCGCCGCGCCGCUGCUGUGCGCUGGCAUCACGACGUACUCGCCGCUGCGUCACUGGGGGGUGAAGUCGGGCAGCCACGUGGGCGUGGUGGGCCUUGGCGGCCUGGGCCACAUGGCCGUGAAGCUGGCGCACGCCAUGGGUGCCGAGGUGACGGUGUUCACGACAUCGGCCAACAAGGUGGAGGCGGCGAAGCAGCUCGGUGCGCACAACGUGGUCAUCUCCAAGGACCCCGCGCAGAUGGCCGCCUACAAACGCAAGCUGGAUCUCAUCAUCGACACUGUUGGCACCGCGCACGACCUGGCCCCGUAUGUGGACACGCUCAAGGUGGACGGCACCCACGUGCUGGUCGGCGCACCCGAGCACCCGCACCCGGCGCUGCAGCCCUUCCAGUUGAUCCUGGCUCGCAGGAGCGUCGCCGGCUCCUGCAUCGGCGGCAUCGCCGAGACGCAGGAGAUGCUGGACUUCUGCGGCAAGCACAACAUCGUGUGCGAUGUGGAGAAGAUCGACAUCUCCUACAUCAACGAGGCCUACGAGCGCAUGCUGAAGAGCGACGUCCACUACCGCUUCGUCAUCGAUCUCGCCACCCUGAAGCAGCAGUAG